UGUAGCCACGAUGACAGUAACAUGUUUACAAGUAAUUUUAAUUGGAUUAACUGUGGUGUUUGUAUCUAUAACUAACAUACACUGUGAAAAUACUCAAGAUUGUAUAAAUUGUUCAGAUAGAUGUAAUAAUGAUACUGGCUAUUGUAACGGAAGUUGCACGAAUGGGUUUCAUGGAUCCGAUUGUAACUCAACGUGUCCACAAAACUGCUACUAUAGAUGUGAUAGAAUCACUGGUGAAUGUACAGAUUGUAAGACUCAUUUUUAUGGUGUAAACUGUACAGAAAACUGUUCGGAAAGAUGUCACGAUAAGUAUUGUAAUCAAAGUGGAAUUUGUUUAUCUUGCAAGAACCCUUACUAUGGAGAUAAUUGUGAAAAGAAUUGUCCCUCAAAUUGCAACGCGAUCGGUAGCUGUGAUCGACAAAAUGGUGAAUGUAAAUAUGGAUGCAUUGAUGGGUUUUGGGGAAGUACUUGUGAAAACAAUUGUAGUGACAGGUGUAAACCGUCUUGUCAUCAAGAUUAUGGCACGUGUUGGGGAUGUAAACCUGGGUUCGGUGGUUCCAACUGUCAAUUUAACUGCAUAGCGCACUGUGACUUUUGUUCAAGGAACGAUACAUGUUAUGAAUGUUCGAAAGGCUGGUUUGGAGACAAAUGUGACCUUCGAUGCCCUGUUAACUGUCGAAAUUUGAUUUGUUCAAUAUUUGAUGGUUCGUGUACCUGUUCAAAAGGCUGGUAUGGAAAAGACUGUAAUGAUACAUGUAUUGACAACUGUGAUUCCUGCAUUGAUAAUACGACUUGUAAUGUAUGCUCAGAAGGUUAUUAUGGUCGAUAUUGCGAAAGUACUUGUCCAUCUAAUUGUACAACAUGUGAAAGAAGUGGAGACAAAUGUACAGGAUGCAAUUCAGGCUUCUUUGGUGACCAAUGUACAUGUGACGUUGACCAAUGUUUAAAGAAAGAAUCAUUAUCGCAUUGUGUCGAAUGUAAACAUCCUGGUUGGUUUCCGAAAAUAGGAGGAUGUUGUAGAUGCAGUGAUAAUUGUAAGGGCGGACAUUUAAACUGUGACAAUAUCACUGGUGAAUGUUUAGAUGGGUGUCAGUUAGGAUAUUACGGGAAUCAAUGUGUUGAUAAAUGCAGCAGUAAUUGUAUCGGAAAUGACACUGUCUGUAAUUCCACAACCGGUGUAUGUCCGUCUGGAUGUGAACCUGAUUGGUAUUAUUCGACAUGCAAAUACGGAUGUUCCCUCCGAACGCCACACUGCUCCAAAUGUACCCUUUUUAAGGAUAAUGUUAAUAAUUUUGAAUCUGCCGGAUGCGUUGAGUGUGAUGGCGGGUUUUACAAACCCAUACUUAAAGAGUUUUGCACACCUUGUAAUAACUGUUUAUUUGAUAAAUGUAAUGGCAGUACAGGACGUUGUCUUGAAGGUUGUACGCCAGGAUGGUAUCAAAAUCCUUACAGUUUAGGGACAUGUGAUAGAAAAUGUGACAUUAACUGCAUUGAUGGUCUCUGUGACCCAACUAAUGGCACAUGCGUACAUGGAUGCACAGAUGGUUGGUCAGGUGACAUAUGUAGGUUGACUUGUUCCAGUUAUUGUUUAAACAAAACUUGUGAUCAGUUGUCUGGUGAUUGCAUUAAAUGUAACCCUGGAUAUUAUGGUAGCAACUGCUAUUUUGGUUGCGGUAACUGUCUUGGAGGAACAUGUAAUCAAACAACUGGUAUUUGUGAAGAUGGUUGCAAUGAUGGCCAUUUUGGUUCACGGUGCUCUCGAUCGUGUAGAAAUUGCGUGGAUAGCAAAUGUGAUAGAAAAGGCGUGUGCACGGCCGGAUGUAUGGAUGAACACUUUGGGCGAUACUGUAAUGAAUCAUGCAGCCAAUGUAUGGGUGGAAAGUGCGAUCAACAAGGUGUUUGUAUGGCAGGUUGUACGCCUGGAAAAUAUGGAAGAAACUGCGAUGUAUCUUGUCCGGAGAAUUGUUUGAUAUGCCAUCCAGUUACUGGCCGAUGCCUUCAUAUAUCACCUCCAUGCAAUAACACUCACUGCACAAUGAAUUUUACGAAUUCCAUUUGUCCGCCGUCAAAAUUUGGGUUUAAUUGCAAUCACACAUGUAGUACAAAAUGUAUAAAUAGUUCAUCGAAUGGAUAUAUAUGUGAAAAAUAUAGUGGUUCUUGCAUCGGAACGUGCGCUUCCGGUCAAUUUGGACAAUUUUGUAAUGAAACAUGUGGAAAAUGUGCUUCAGCGGAUAACACAUUGACGCCGUGUAAUCCAUUAGACGGACACUGUAUGAACUGUUUAAAUGGUUAUUAUGGAAAACAAUGUAUUCAAAAAUGCAGUGAUUCUUGCUUAAAAGGAAAAUGUAAAGGUAACGGUGUGUGUUCACAGGGAUGUAAACCGGAGUGGAAAGGUACAUUCUGCGAAGUAAAACAACCUGCUAAGCAGACUGGAUUAUCCAGUGGUUCAGUGACAGGAAUAUCUAUUGGAUGUGUAGUUGCUGUAAUAUUUAUAGUCGUGUUGGCAUAUUUUAUAUAUAGACGAAGGAGUAAUAAGGACAAUGCUUUCAGUAUGAAGAAUAUACAGUACUAAACCGUUUGAAGACUACACCAAGCAGUACAAUCAAAAUAAUAGAACUAUAGUUAUAUUAGUUAUAUAUUGUUGUCUAUGUGUUUAUAGUUUAUUGUGACUUAUUCUGCUUAACUACAUAAUGUAAAAUUAAUUGAAACUCGCUUAGGUUAAGUUUACUGCAACGCAGGUUUGCUAUUGUUCUUCUUUUUGCAAGCAAGUAAAUUGAUCCAGAUAUACGUGUUUAAGGACGUAAAACAAUAAAUGAUGGCGCACUUUUCGUCAUUGAAAUACGAUUUCAACCACA